UCAUUUCGGCUGCUUUCUUCGCCUCACCAAAGAUACAUUUCAACGGCCGCCGUGCCGACGCGAAGUCACAAGCCGAUAAACUCCUCCGUCCAUAGUCUAAAUCUGGCGAGAUGGGGGGCGCGCAGCUGUGCGAUACGGCCAUUGCGCGGCAGACCGUUUCCGACGCCAUAGCGGCGAUACGGCAGAGGAUGACGAAACGCGAUGCUACUAGCAGCGAGUUCAAAUUGAAAAGCGGCUCUCCCGGGAGCUGUCAGACUCCAUUCUUGCAACCACAGAAUGACGGGCUGACGAUCUGGGCGAUCGAGAAGGCCAUCGAGCGACAAGUGCACGAUAUUAUGCUCCAAAAGCGGCUCGCGCCGGAGACGAGCCAUCGCACGCAUGCCGUUGCGAAACAGGCAUCUUCGUUUCUUGCGACAUCUUCGUCGCGUUGUGACGGGCUCCCACCGUCGCACGCGGCGAAUGUAUUUCCGUCGUCGUCCGCGGUUCCGGUGGUGGGCGAGUCGCAAGGCGACGAGGAGGGCGAGAGCGGCGGCGGUUCCGAUGUCGCAAGACACAUUCCCACGUCCUACUACUACCCCCCCUCCGAGACGCCGAUGGCGCCAAUGGCGCCGCCGGGUAACGGAUCGAACCAUCGCGACGAUCAUGAUGACGCGAUGAUGAAUGGCGCCCGCGGAAAUCGCGAAAACGUUGAUGUGAAGCCCGGCCGGUACGCGGCGGCAGACGAGAACGGCGGUUCCGGCGGUAGCAGUGGCGUUUCGGAUGGGAGCGACACGGGCGGCUGUCGUGGAAGAACCGGCGGAACGCGCAUCAGCAACAGCUGCGACCCUUGGCGCGGCUCGUUGAAGAGUACCCCGAGGGGCGUACUCCCUGCGAAGUCUGUUCUGGGAGUCGGAACAUCAUGCGAAUCGUCAUGUCGUCACGUCUUUUCUCCCAGCAUCGCCGCGGCGGACCCUUGCGCUACCGACUUUCCUGUGAUGCUGGGGCGACAUUUACCGCCACCGGCGGGAAAAGGACCGUUCGUGUCGGACAGGGUGUCUCCUUUUGUUUCCCCACCCACCCACUUCCUCGUCGCCGCUCCUGCUCGUGCCGCGGGCGGUGCUCCUUUCGCCGCCGCAUUCGCUGCUACAGAGCAGCGGGAGGCUCGGCACGAACAGCGGGAGGUGCGGCACGACGAGCAGCAGUGGGCGGUGGGGAAGCGAAAGCGGGGCGACGAGGAGACGGUGUGGAAGCCAAGCGGCGAUGCUAUGACGUGCCAUGAGUGGCCGGCGAGGAGACGGCGGCCGGUCGAGUUGACGGAAUCAAAAAAUGCGUCCCAUCAUGGUGGCGGCGGUCAGCUGAGGCAGUGGCAGCAGCUGUUCGACGAGCAGCAGCCGCCGCAGCAGGCGCAGCAGCCGGAGCAGCCGCAGCAGCCGCAUCAGCAGCCUUGGUACUCCACACCGCGUCUGCAGGCGGCGCGUCCUCACACGACGCCCCAGUCGUUUAUCCCCCACGCCGAACCGCUCCCCUCCGUAUUUCACGCCGACCCCGCCAUCGCUGCUGCGCCGUCCCGCGCGCUUGUGGCCGAGGAAUCAAGCGCAAAUGCGCGCUCUCCGGAACGCGCAGGUACGGGCGGAACAGCGGCGGAAUACGCUGCAGGGAUGUCCGGCGCAGGCGGAACGCGCGAGGGGGUUGACAGCGCCGCGGAAGGGAACACGGCGGCUGGCGCGGUGCUACUGGAGAGUGCAUGGGUUGGUGGACCUGGCGGAAUCACGGGUGGCGGAAUCACGGGUUGCGGAAUGACUGGUGGCGGAAUCACGGGUGGCGGAAUCACGGGUGGCGGAGUCACGGGUGGCGGAAUGACGAGUGGCGGAACGACGGCUGGCGGAACGACAGGUGGCGGAUUGACGGGUGGCGGAAGAACGGGUGGCGGCACGAUGGGUGGCGGAGUGACAGGGGAACGUGAAUACAACUUCCAGGAGCCGCAGCAGGGGACGCAACUGCUGCGCAGAUUCCACGUGGAGGGGUCGGAUGGGGAUGCAAGCGACGCAGCAGCACCAGCAGCAACACCAGCAGCACCAGCGGAACCAGCAGCAGCAGAUGUUCCGCUUUCUUGUCUGCCUCCCCCGGUCGCACUCCCUGCUGCUGCCUUCCUGCCGAUUUUUGAGGCGCCUCAAAAAACACUCCCUGCUGCUGCCUUCCUGCCCCUGCCCUGGCAGCACCUGCUUCCCCAGCCCUCCUCUACCCAGACCCUAUCCCAGCCCCCUCCCCUGCCCCAACCUUCCGCCACCCAGACCCCAACCCAGGCCCCCCUCCCUUCUUCUCUGCACCCCCCCGCCUCUCCCUUUACCCAUCCACCGAGGCCCGCCGCCGUACUCCCAUCGAACCACGAGCUCCCUUUCACCACUGCACUGCCCGCCGCCACCGCUACUGCUGCUGCUCCCCCUGCCACUGCCUUCGGAACUGCCGGUGAUAGUAUCGCCAUGCAGGGAGUGGGUGCGGCUGGUGCUGGUGCCGAGGGGCAGGUGAACAGAGCGAGCGGCAGCAACGCUCUCAGGGGCAGCCCUGUGCUUGCAGCUGCAGGCGCUGGUGUGCCGGCAGUGGGCGCAGGCGGGGAAGGGAGCAGCGUUGGGGGGCAUGGGGCGGAGGGCGGCAAGGGGACGAUGGGCGAUGGGGAUGAUGAUGCGGCCGAUGAUCGCAAGCAGAGAAGGAUGGUGUCGAAUCGCGAGUCCGCCAAGCGCAGUCGGCAUCGCAGGCAGCAGCUGCUGGAGAAACUGGAAAUGGAUGCUGCGAAGCUGAGGGUGGAACAUAGUUCGCUGUCGAGGAGGGUGGCGGAAGCAUCAGGGAGAGUUGCGGAGCUGCAUCAGCAGCAAAAGAGGUUGCAGCAGCAGAAGGACGCAGUGCUGGCCGAGUUGAGAAAAUACCGUGUGCAUGAGAAUAAACAACAUGUGGAGGUGGAGACUUGAUGUACAAAUUGACCACCACCACUCAACAGAGAUAAAUGUGGCUUCUUAUAUUAUCAUAUACUACUAGUUGACUUUUGAAUUAUGAACUACAAUCGUAAGUUGAUA